AUGACCGGCGCCUACCUCAAUCCAGGCCUCCCUCCUCCCACCCCAAGAGAGAUUGACCAUUGGAAUUACCAUGUUUCCCUACAACAAUUCGCUAAAGGUCUUCAAGUCGCAGCAAAAGCGGUGUUCCCGAAUGAAACCCGGUCGAGAUACAGCUGUGUCUCUGUGUUAAUGCUCAGUUGGGAGGAGGAAGACCCACAACUGCCGGUGUCAUACGAGAUUGACAAACUAUACGAGGUCUUUCAGCAUGUUUACCAUUUUGAGACUGAGCAUUGGAAGAUUCCCAAUCAUAACUGCCAUUAUCGCCUCAUGGAAAAGAUUAUGGAUUUUGCUUCGCCUACUGAUGCCAUCGACCAUCACUUGAAGAUUGUGUACUACGCUGGCCAUGCUAGACUCAUGGAAACUCGUUCUUUGGCCUGGACCAGCUUUCGGAACAACAAGAAUUCUAGAUGCCCCAUUGUAAAAUGGAGUGGGAUUCAAACCGUCCUAGAAGAAGCUCUAUGCGAUGUCCUCAUACUCCUUGACUGUUGUGCUUCAGGUGUUGCAAACACAUGCGAGGGGAACGGCGUGAAUGAGGUCAUUUCAGCCUGUGCCUACAACGCAAUCGCGAACGGUGUUGGAGCGUACUCGUUUACGAGCGCUCUAGUGAUUGAACUUACACGACUUAGCAAAAAAACCUUGUUCAGCGUUGGAGAAUUAUACAGGAAUAUAUUCAUCAGGACGCAAAGUCGAAUGCCAGAAGACAUGCCAGAAGAAGGCCGAGAAGCGGAGCGUCAUCCAGCCCCCAUCCACCUUAUCCUUACACAAGAUAGCCAGGCUACGAGAAGUAUUUUACUUUCUGUUCGAGCGCAGCCAAGUUAUGAUAUUCAACGUGCAUUAGGUGCCGACGAUGGUUUCGACAACUCGCAAUCACUGCCGUCUAAUAAGGAAAGUGGAACGGCGGUUGAUGAUGUAUCUGAACCCGGCCCCUUUCUGCCUUCUCAACUAGAGCCAAUUCCCGGAAAAUAUGAAUCGAUUCCACGUGCUGCAAGGGUUCCCCGACUAGCUUUCGCCAUUCGUCUAAGAGACACAUUUCGCCCAGGCGAACAAUUACAACACCUCUUUUUGGAUUGGCUACGGAAUAUACCCGCUAUUGCAGAGGAGGUUCAAAUUGAAGCUGGGUUUGACAGCUUUUCAACCCUGCUAAUAGUCUCUUUACCGAUAGCUAUUUCCAGCUACCUCCCUCGCAACGAUGCUGUAAUAUCGUUAGGCCCCAUCACGUCAAUGAACAAGAUUCCGUGUGAUGGUGAUCCUGAUAUUACAGCGUCUUACCUUCCCUGGGAAUGGGGUAGUGUAUCGCAACCCCCCAGUGUCUUUGAUGGUUCCAUCAAAGACGCAGACAUGCUCUCGCAAACGCAGGCAACCUCUGUUGGCGGUUCAGACCUUGAGGCUGUUGGUUCACGGAUACAGAGACUGCUGAAACCAACGCCAGACACAAUGUCGCGAGUGCAGCCAACUUUGCUUGGUCAAUCAGACCCUGAGCUUGUUGGUUCUAGCAGAUCGGGACCCCUGAAUGCGCAAUCAGGAAUAGCUUCACAGUAA